CUCGUUAAACUUUACAAAUCGAUUCACUUUUUGAUUACUUCGGUAUUUGAUUAAACUUGGUCUAAUUGAAAUACAAUUUACAAAAUAUAAGGAUGGCUCCAGUAUUGAAAGGCAGAAAAGCUUCGAUAGCUGGAUUAAAGAAAGGACGCGCUACCCAAGCAAGAAAGAGAGAAGAAGCGAGGAUGAGAUCAGUCGAUGAGGACGCCACUUCGCAAGUCACUGCUGCUGCUGCAAAUCCGGCUCAAGCCCCGUCUGCUUCGAUCUCCGGUAACUCUGUGCAAAAUACGGUAGCUCAACAGGUCGGAGCUUCAACCAGUGUCGUCUCUGCUCCAAUGUCAAAAGAUGACCUCAAGAAGGCUCAGGAAGAGCUCGACAAGCUCAAGUGGGAUAAUAUCCAAAUGGAGAUGGAGAUCGAAAAGUUCAAGAAAGAAAAUCUCAAGAAGCAGUUGGAGGUUGAAAAGAAAAAACGAGAGAUGCUCGAUGAACAACUUGUGCAGCUCGGGCCAAUGGACUAUUUGUAGAGCUUUUUAGAUUUGAAUAAAUGGUACUUGUGUAUUAUUUCCCCUCAUUUUGAAAAAAACAAGUUUUUUAUUAAAAACGUGUGGAGUUUUUGUAUUUUUAGGCUUAGGAAAUAACCAUUUCUAAGCCUAAAAAGGGAAAAUGACAUCACGCUUUAUUAAAAUGGAUACUAUUGAAAUGAGGGGAAAUAAUACACAAGUACCG